AUGACGAUGGAUGAAGUUGUGGUGAACGAAGGUGGCUUCUUUCUACUUAGCCCUAAACGUGGGGAGAAGAAAAGCUUUCCUCAAAAUAAGAUCAGCAUCAAGACGUACUACAACGAUAAGACAUUCAGUGGAGAUGGUGUUUUGACAACAUCAAGCUCGUGCAUAUCGAAUCCAUCAGAGUUACAGGUAGUACAGCUGUUUCCCUAUUGUCUUGGGACCUGUAUGUGUUGACA